AAGUGCUGUGAUGGGCUGCCAGUGGCAUGCGUGCAGUGCGGAAAUGUUGCAUCUGCUGCUAUCCUCGGUUGUGGUCCAAAAAAGUUGACGAUGGCUUUGCGUCUGAAGCUACGGUGUUUGGCCACGGCCACGACGGUCACGAUGAGCUCGACCUGGAGGAUCCAACUCCUUCGUUGGAGACCCAGAGCCAGACCUACAGGUGCGAAGUGGUCCUUCCAGAGACUGUGGUGCAGGAAGGCUGCAUGGUCCAUGGCUUUCACCUGCCACCUUGGGACGAUGACGUGAAGAGCUUGAAGCGCGCUUUGGAGUUUCAACCGCAAGCAGCUCCAGUUAGCUUGAGCAAGAUGCAAAAAGCAGCACUCCGUGAUUGGUGCAGUAUGUCGACCUGGCUGGAAAGACAAGGCUACGAUGGUGUGGAGCUCACCAUCUUUGAAGGUAUGCCCAAGGCCAGCAAGAUUCGUCAGGGCCGCGUGACGGAUUGCUCCCUGAUGUCAGUUCUCUCUGUGCUGGCUGACUAUGAUGAUCGCUGUGGCCGAUCCACGUUACAGACAAUUGUUCAAGGUCGUAUAACCAAAAGCUCCAGAAACAGGGCGGAUGACUAUGCAUGUCGCUUAUUUGUGAAUGGCAUUUCGAGAUGUGUCCUGGUAGAUGAUUUAGUCCCGGUGGGUAGCAGUGGAAAGCUACUUUGUGCACAUUCAGCCUGUCCUCAUGAGCUAUGGGUGGUGCUAAUCGAGAAGGCUGUGGCGAAGAUCAUGGGGGGCUCCUACGCGAUGCGAGGAUCCAACCCCAGCACCGAUGCAUUUCAUCUCACAGGAUGGAUUCCAGAGACAUUCCCAUUGAAGGAUGAAGAAAGUCUUUGUACCUCUCAAGCAGAUUGGCUGAGGAUUUUCGACACGGCACAGCAAGGCUUUUGGCAAGGGAAGUGUGUUCUUUGUGUUGGGACCACGGAGCUGCCUGAUGCAACCAGCAGUCAACUCGCACUUCAAAGUGGAUAUUCUGAAGGAGUCAGUUCUUCCACAGGCCUUGUGGCAGGCCACGCCUAUCCUGUUCUCCAGUGCUGUUCCGAAGAUGGCCUGCGCUUGCUCUAUUUGAAGAACCCUUGGGGCCAUACACGGUGGAAGGGCCGCUAUGCUCCAGGAGAUUCACUUUGGAAAUCAAAUUCAGCACUCGCAUCAAAGCUGGGAUAUGACAGUGAGGCCGCAGCUGCUGUGGAUGAUGGCGCUUUUUGGAUUCCAUGGGAGGAAGUGCUGCGUUAUUUCAGCCAUUUCUAUAUCUCAUGGUCACCCUUGGCGCUUGGCUUGAACCAGCUUCAAGCACACGGCUGUUGGAAUCCUUGGCCUCAUUUUGUUCAGAGCAUUUUGCCAGAUGACACAGAUAUUUUGGCUUUCAAUCCACAGUUUCACCUGCGGCUCUUGGGACCUUUGCCUUCCGAAGCCAUUGGAAACAUUGGAAUUUGGGUGGUCCUCAGCAGGCACAUUCGGAGCCGCACAGAUUACAAUUCACAUUUUAUUUCUGUGAGCAUCUACAACGGCAAGACAAGGAUCUGUUGUCCCAAUUCGGUGCUUGAGCAAGGUGUUUUCUCCAAUGGAGAGUGUGCCUUGGUAAAGCUGCACAAUGAUGCUGCCAGCUCCCAAGAUUUCACAGUGGUUGUGUCCCAACACGGUGCAAAGCGAGCCUUCAACUAUACACUUCAGGUCUACACUGCGGGACCAGCGACGCUGCAAGACUUGCCUCCUCUGGUUCCCAGCAGUUACGCCUCAGGCGCUGUACGCGGGGAGUGGACGCAGCGAACUGCUGGGGGCUGCAGCAACAGUGUAUGGUCGUUUUUCCAGAAUCCUCAGUGGAGCUUCACGGUGCCACCAGAGGGCUUGCAGGAGCUUAUUCUGUUCUUGGAAUGUCAAGACGUUUCGGUGAAUCUCCGCCUGUUUAGCGAUGCUGUUGCACGACCAGAAGCUCUCCGUUCAGCCACAUCCAGUGGGGCAUACCGCAGGGGCUGUUGCAUGCUACGCCUGACCGACCUGGAGCCCAAUACCUAUGUCCUGGUGGUGUCAACUUUUCGCCCCGGGGUCCGUGGCUCUUAUCGUCUUGCCUGGCAUGCCUCAAGCAGUGUCACUUUGUCACCACAGCCAUAUCCCUUCGUAGAAGGUGCUCUGGCACAUCCUUUGAAAUCUGUGGUGCAAAAUGUACACAUGGGCUCGAUGGUAGAGAUGCAACUUCGUUUGGUGGAUCAAAGUACAUCCACAGGUCAAGCAUGUCGCGUCAGUGUCAGAUUGCAAGGCACUUACGAUGGAGGCGAGAUGCCUUACUUGGAGCUGAGCAGCGCACAUCCAUCGAGACAGGCACCCUACUGUGUUCGUCUAAAGGCCUCAGAUGCGGAUCAGUAUUUCCAGCUAACAGGCGCUUCAGUCAUUCUGUUUGCACAGCUCAAACCCUUGGAGAGCUAUGUCCUUCGCACGAAAGUACCACGAAGCAGAGGAGCCAAAAGCGCCAAGCUCUAUGUACAUUCGGAUCGUUUGGUGGUCCUUGAUAGUUUGAUGAGUCCACGUGGGCGAAGGAGGUAACACCUGCAACACCUACACGACUUUGCCAUACUUUGCCUCUUAAUCAAAAUUUCCCGAAGAACCAGGUACACGCAGAAACAGAGGGCAACUUAAAGCACGUGCAAUGCACUUGUCAUGGUGUCCGUGGUGUCCGUGGUCUGCGAAGGGAGUGAGAUGAGGACAGUGCUGCCAUCCAGGUACUGCGACAAAGCGCUCCAUGAGUCUUUGGAUUGCGCACCACGUUCAGGUUUUUGUGCCACUGUCCACAGUGUCCACCCUGGCCUGCAAAGGCAAAGAGUAGAGGAAUACUCCUGAGGGCUUGAGGGUAAGAUGAAAUGUCUGCCACUGGCUGCCACUGGUGCUGAUUUCGAGUAUUUUCGACUAGACAGGUCACUAAAGGUGACUUCCAUGUCUAGUCCAAAAGCAAUGUGUGAUUUGUUCAUGGAAUAAAGAGGCGCAUGCACAGCUGCAUAAGCAAACGCGUGCCAAGUAGAUGGAAGCACGCGGUUUUGCGCUCAUGGCCACUACCGACAGCUGUCCUGAAUUUGUGCUACGCUACAUGAUGGUCCUGUCCAGGUCAUUUUGAGUCAGACAUCCAUGGCAUGCAGAAUGCGCAAUAGUUUGCAAAAG